GACCUACAGCCAUAGUUGCCAGAAAUCCGUCUGCGCCAUUUUGGAAAAGGCACACAGUGGCUGGGAGCUUUCGUCGAGCUGGGUACGCUGCGUUAUCGUGCUGCGCCGUCGCGCGUGUUUUCGAGGAAAGCAUUUCUUGAAUUAAAGGGCAUCCCAGUGACUGCUAAAACAAACCACAUUAACCAUGGCCAACCGAAAUUUUAAGGCGGGUAAUAUUGGAAGCAAUUCGCCGUCUCCGAGACCGCAAAGCGCGAAGCUUAAUUCGGAGCCUGCAGGGCCUGAACUCGAGCCAAACGCGGAGAGGAGCGCGACGCCAUCGACGGAACCCGGGCUGGAAGUCGGCACCGUGGAGCCGCUGGAAAUGACUUUUGACUUGAAGAGCUUCAGGAGACCCGGAGAGAAGACAUUCACUCAACGCUGCAGGUUGUUUGUGGGCAACCUUCCCACAGAUUUGACUGAGGAAGAUUUUAAGAAAAUGUUUGCUAAAUAUGGCGAAGCUAACGAAGUAUUCAUCAACCGAGAUCGAGGCUUCGGAUUUAUUCGACUGGAAACCAGGACGUUGGCAGAAAUUGCAAAAGCUGAACUGGAUGGGACUGUUCUGAGGAAUCGGCCUAUACGUGUACGGUUUGCCACACAUGGAGCUGCACUGACAGUGAAGAACCUCCACCCAGUGGUGUCCAAUGAGCUACUGGAGCAGGCUUUCUCUCAGUUUGGGCCGGUCGAGAGAGCCAUCGUGGUGGUGGAUGACCGUGGCCGUCCCACUGGCAGGGGCUUCGUGGAGUUUGCCUCAAAGCCAGCUGCCCGCAAGGCACUUGACCGCUGUGCAGAGGGGGCUUUGCUGCUGACCACGUCACCCCGCCCAGCAGUUGUUGAACCAGCAGAACAAUUUGAAGAUGAAGAUGGACUUCCUGAGAAACUUCUACAAAAAACUGCACAGUACUACAAGGAGAGGGAACAGCCACCUCGUUUUGCCCAGCCAGGAACCUUUGAGUUUGAGUACUCAUCUCGCUGGAAGGCUUUGGAUGAGAUGGAGAAGCAGCAGCGUGAGCAGGUGGAUCGAAACAUUCGUGAGGCAAAGGAGAAGCUGGAGGCAGAGAUGGAGGCUGCUCGUCAUGAACACCAGCUCAUGAUGAUGAGGCAAGAUCUGAUGCGGCGACAAGAGGAGCUGAGACGCCUGGAGGAGCUGAGAAACCAAGAGCUGCAGAAACGCAAGCAGAUCGAGAUGAGACAUGAAGAAGAGAGACGUCGUCGUGAAGAGGAGAUGAUGCGCCACAGGGGACAAGAGGAACUGAGACGGCAGCCGGAUGGGUUCAAGCCCAGCUAUAUGGACAGUAGAGAACAGGAUAUGAGAAUGGGUGAUAUGGGUCCACGUGGAGCGAUAAAUAUGGGAGAUUCGUAUAGCCCAGCUGUGACUGGUGCUAACCAGGGACCUCAAAUGAUGGGCUUGGGUGUGACGGGUCGUGCUGGAGCCCUGGGGCCCGACGGAGCUGCCGGCAUGGGGACACCGAUGAUGCCCGAUAACGGAGCCAUGCGCAAUGAUAGGUUCCCCCCGGCCGGUGGCCCUUCCCCGAUGGGCACUCCCAUUGGCAAUCGGUCAGGAGUGGAAGGCCAGCAACAGUCAACGCAACAGCAGCAGCAGCCGCCCAUGAUGGGUGUUGGUCCAGUAGGGGGCGCCGGUGGCCCCCCAGGUUUCGGGAGAGGGAACCAAGGCGGGCCGAGCUUUGAUGGACCCAACAACAAGCGCCGUCGCUACUGAAGCUGUUUGAAGGUGGUUGUCCUUAGUUACCAUCACCUCCCUGCAGUACAAAGAUCAGGGGUUCUUUGUGCUACCCUUUUCAUUAAAUGUUGUGGGAAUUUCUGCUCUAGUUUUCAGAUUUUGUUGUGGCUCUGAUUUUCACAGUAAACAUUUUCAGCUAACCAGAGUUGAGCACUGUGCAGUGCAUCUGGUCAAUGGCUAUUACAGUGAAACUUUUUCCUUUGCUAAGUGUGUUUUUUGACUCAGUUUAAUUUUCAUGCCCCCGGUUUAAUUUAGUUUUUUUGUUCAUCUAGUGACAAAGGGUAAAAUUAUGAAGCGAAUUAAGAAUUUCUUAGAUAUUUCUUGGUGCCAUGCCAGUCCAUUGCUCCUUUUUAAUUUUCAUUUUUAAAUAGUAGCUUGCUUAAUGUUUGUAAGAUGUGAAUGAGUAUCUUUUAUUUUAGAAUAGGCAUAAUUGUUCCAGAUGCAUGCCUCCUGCUUUGUACCUUCUGACAGCAGUUUAUAGUGAUCUGUGAAACACCAACACUCCACAUUUUUGUUCUAGUAUUUCGGCAAUUGUAAUAAAACACAUAAUUUGAAACGGUAGCUGUGUGUCUUGACAUUAAAGUGUUGUUAUUUCAGUA